UUUUUAGGUCCCUCAGCAACCUUCUCCUGGCCGGAACAAAGGCAAGCCUGGUUUUCUCAGAGAGUGUGGCUAUUGGUGCACAAAUAGGAAUGGAAGAAUGCCAGAAACAAUUUGUAUGGGAUCGCUGGAACUGUCCUAGAAACGCCUUUACCCUCUUUGACAAAAGUGACACUCAACCAGCUAACCAAGAGAUGGCGUUUGUGCAUGCUAUCAUCAGCGCAGCCAUCGUGCACACUGUGACAAGGAAUUGCAGCCUUGGACAUUAUGAAAACUGUCAUUGUGAUAAUAGUAAAAAGGGAACGAUAGGCGCUAAUGGAUGGACCUGGGGUGGUUGCAGUGACAAUGUGCGGUUUGGAGAGCAAGUGUCCAAAGGGUUUUUGGAUACUCGUGAAAGGGGCCACGAUGUAAAGGCUUUAGUAAAUCUUCAUAACAAUGAUAUUGGCCGAAAGGUUGUGAGAAACACGAUGAAACGAAUUUGCAAAUGCCAUGGAGUUUCAGGAAGUUGUGCCACACAAACGUGUUGGAUGAGAUUGGCCGACUUCAAUGUAAUUGGAGAUCGUUUAAAACAAGCCUAUAAUAAAGCACAGCAAGUAGAUUAUGAGUACAACAGGCUCAACUACGGAAAAGAGCGUCGCAACAUAGAUACAGGCCCUUCGAAUUUUCCCAAAAAACAUCUCGUCUACAUAGAGAGUUCACCAGAGUAUUGCUACACCAACGACACUGCAGGAUCCCAUGGGACGGAGGGGAGAGAGUGUUCCAGAAGGAAAGGUAAACAUGUGCCCAGAGAGGAAAGAAGAAGCUGUAAGAACUUAUGUCGUCAAUGUGGGCUGCGCGUGAGAAAGAAAGUUCUCCAUGUUGAAUCCAGUUGCAAUUGUAAAUUUCACUGGUGCUGUGAGGUGAAGUGUGACGUGUGUCGGAAGAAAGUCAAGCAGUUUGUAUGCCAUCGAUAA